UGUUUCCUCCGUCCAGACACCAGCGACUACAGCCAGACCGAGGUUCUCCCCGAGUCGUUCCCGUCGGCCCCGGCGGAACCCCUCCCGGAGUUCCAGCUGGAACCGGAGGACGCCUUCAUCGUGAAGAACCGGCCCGUGCAGAUGCGUUGCCGGGCGGCCCCGGCCACCCAGAUCUACUUCAAGUGCAACGGGGAGUGGGUGAACCAGAACGACCACGUCACCCGCGAGAGCCUGGACCAGGCCUCAGGUCUGGUGGUCAGGGAGGUGGACAUCUCGGUGUCCAGGACCCAGGUGGAGGAGCUGUUCGGCCUGGAGGACUACUGGUGCCAGUGCGUGGCCUGGAGCUCGGCCGGGACCACCAAGAGCAGCCGUGCCUACGUCCGCAUCGCCUACCUGAGGAAGAACUUCGAGCAGGAGCCGCUGGGUCGAGAGGUGCGGCUCGAUCAGGAGGUGCUGCUGCAGUGUCGCCCCCCAGAGGGGCAUGCCCCUCGCCGAGAGAGUCCGGAGGUAGAUCACUUUAAUUCUGCUUCAUGGAUCUUUUUCAAAGAGACCGGAGACCCCGAGACCCCAGAACUGGUGACCGUCGGGUGA